UUUUGGCUUCUUCAUGUAAAAAGCCUCCACAGUAACAGGAAGUCACGAUGCCUCAGAUGAGCUUUAUUCUCAUGUUUUUAGUGAUGAGAUUUUCUGCUUCUGAGGAAGUGAAGAAGAACCUGACGGGCACUGUGGGAGGAAACAUCACUCUACCUGCACCUGUGCUGGAGAAAGGAUAUCUGUUAUACGGAGGAACGAUUAUUGCUCAUGUGAUUAAGGGGGGAUUUGACAUAUCAGAGGACAUUUACAAGAACAGACUUCAGUGGGACAGAAACUCUGGACUCUUUACACUCACAGAGCUGCAGAGGAACGACUCAGGGAUUUAUACUGUCGACUCUAAAACAGGAAACGAUUUCACAUCAUCAUAUAAGCUCACAGUGUACGACUCUGUACCGACUCCUGCAGUGAAGAAAGUGAGUGUGAGCUCUGAGAGCUGCUCCUUACUGUGUUUGGUGGACAGAGAGACCAAACUGCUGUGGUUUAAAGACGAGCAGAGACUGAACCAGAGCAGCUCUGCGCUCUCUCUGCCUCUCACUGUGCACAAACAGGACUUCAGCUCCUCUUACAGAUGUGUGGCUGCAAACCCUGCAGAGAAUAAAACUCUUCCUGUCCAUGUGAGAACGACCUGUGGAGACACCAACAACGACACCAACAGCUCGACUGAACCAAGAAACUAUAACAUCCUCAUUAUAAUCUUCUGUGUCCUGAGUGCUGCCCUCAUCAUCAUCAUCAUCAUCCUCAUCAUGAGGAGGAAGCAUCCUGUCCAAGACAAGUUUAACCUCCUACAAGCUGCAGGCAGGGCUCCUGUGGAUGAAGUGGUCCUUUAUACUGACACAGGUGACAGCAGACAGGGUGGGAUUUUAGCGGCUGUAUCAGGAACCAGUGAUGGCUCCAGUCUGACAGCAGUGUCUUAUAAACUGGUGCUCGUCACAUGAGAGAGGUGUGACUGGCUGCAACAUCCGAGGAAAGCUGGACUCUGGAAAGAAGUUUUCCUUUGGUAUUGAUGAUUUGGAUUGGUUAUGACUAAAGUGUAUUUUUACAGUGUGAAUGUGCCACAGAAGAGUUUUCACCUACGUCAUCAUGACCUCUGACCUGCUCACUGAUCAUAAAAGACUGUAUCCAGACAAUGGACAGAGGACGCAGCUGUACGUCAUGUUUACCUGUCAAAUCAUUCAAAUGAUGCAACAAAGCAAAGACUUCUCUCUCUGUCACCUACCUGCUGCCUUGACUCCUCUCUCCUCGGGUCUCUUCCUCGCCUUCUCUGUUUGCAUCCUCAGAGGGAGGGUCUAGGGCGAGGGGAGAGGAGGUGAGGGAAGGAAACUCACCUGUACCAGGUGAGAAGACGGACUUUGGAAGAAUCUGAGGUGAACCUUCACGUCUCCUCUUCAUGGUUUACCUUCAUGGACUCUGAAGGCCUGGUAGUAGGUCUGGGACUAGUAGGACCAGGUCUGUGUGUGAGGAGGAGCAGCUGGGCUUGGAAGAAAGGAGCAGAGACUGAAUCACAUUUGAUUCUGAUCAAUAUUCCUUUAAAGUUUUAUUUGUGAUGUGACUGCAUGUAGAUCUCCAGGACGAGCCUCACUGCUGCUCUGAGGACUGAAAGCUUCGCUGAGCUCUGAUUUAUUUCUCUGCUUUUAAUUCACACCUUUAAUUUCACACUUUUGUCCACAGUUCAAACUCCAGCAGCUCACAGAGCUCAUCACUGCCUCCGUCAGCUCACAGGGCGCCCCCUUGUGGUCACUGACGAGCUGUUCACAAAUUACUUUUAGAUUUGAUGUCAUUUAUUCUCAUCUUCCUGACUGUUGCUGCAAAUACAU